AUGGACGUGACAAUCUCCGUCUUGCGGUUGCCCUCCUCGUCCAGGUACGUCGCCGAGUCGAGGAUCAGGUCGAACAGCGUCUCCUCCUCGCUCUCGUCAAUCGUCCCCGACGAGUCCGGAGAGAACAGCGGCACCGCCGUCUCCGUGUCUGCCGCCAUCUCCGCUUCGGCUGCCGCCGCCGCCGCCGCCACCGUCGCUGCCGGCCCCUCCAUCUCCGUCUCCCUGGCUCCCUUCCCGGUGACCCCGCUGCGCCUCUUGGCCGACUUGCUCGGCGACGACGUCCUCGAGUACGAGUUGAUGAGCUCCUCCAGCAUCCGGCAGCUCUUGCACAGGAUCCCAAUCCCCGAGUCCGAGAACCGGCAUGUCGGGUCCCGCGCCUGCGCCUGCGCCAUCGACUGCCUCCCCCUGCCGAUGCCGCAGCCGCCGCCGCCAGUGAAUAUGUCCUCGUCCGGUCGCAGGCUCGGCCGCAUGUUGCACUUGCUGCAGCGUAUGUCCGUGGGAGUCGACUGCCGGAAGCUGCUGUCGCUGCCCGGGCUCGAGUCGACCCCCGACGAGUACUCGGCGUCCGUGGCCAGCCCUUUCGGCGACCGGUCCCAGUCCUCCGAGAGCAGGUUGGGGCCCACGUCCGACAGCUCCGUCAGCGUCGAGAUGCGCGGGAACGGGACCGUGAGCAUCGUCGAGACCGGUGCCGUCACCGCCCGCAGUGACUUGACGGGCCUCGUCCCAUUGCUGUUGUCUCUCUUUCGGUUUAUUGGGACCCGAGAUGUAUCCUUCGCCGCCGUACCCUGCGUUGGGUGGAGGCCAAUGGCCAGACCGCGGUGGUCCAGCCUGUCGACGCUCCUGGCGCUGGACGUCGAUGACAAGGAGAAGUUUCGAGGUCGGCCGGUCGGCGAGUCCUUUGUUGUUGUGGUCUUUGAAGACACCUUCCUGGAGGUGCUAGGAGGCUCGUUGCGGCAGGCGAUGAACACGCUGCGAAGAUGUGCUUCUACGACCAGAGCCAAAGACCCGGUGAUGAAGGGUAUCUGCGCCGAGAAUGAGUCGUCGUUGGCCGACUGCAGCGCCAAGAGCCUGAGACGCUCCUCCAGGCUGGCCUUGAGACUCGACAUGCAGCUGCUUGCAAAUACCUUUUGUUCCACCUGCGGGAGCUCAACAGCGGGGAGGAUUACUGCUUAUGGUCAGCUGGGCCACCGCCCACUCCCGCUUCGCCGGGGAAACUCACCAGGCCGCGGCGCUACCUUGUCCGUUGGGAACAGCCAUCGCCAGAGUUCGUCCCAGGACCUUAAUGUCUCGUUCUUGACCCUGUCGCUAAGAUCUCGGGCCCUGGCAUCCGUGAGGCCGUCUUCCACAUCGCCGCCUGUAGAGGGCUCCUGA